ACCUCCGUCGAGUGGUAAACUUGUAGAAAUAGCAAUGGGGAACGACAAUAACAGAAGGAACCUACGUAACGUUUGGGAAAAAGGAAAACUGGACUGCACUGACAUCUGACCUCCGGACUCCCGAGUCCCCUCAUUUGGCCCCGCCCUCACUAGCUCUGCCUCCACCCCCUGAGUUCUAGCCCUGCCCCUGGGCACCGGGCCAGGUACUCCAGCUGCCUUCCCUUAUGCUGUUGUCUAAGAGCCGCGUCUCCGCCCCUCUUCCUCCUCCCGGGGAAGGGAGGGGACACCUCCCCUGCCUCGGCGGCAGGAGUGGCUCUGCGACCUACCCUCCACUGCCCUUGGCCCGGGUGGCCGAAGCUAGGAGGGAGUGCAAAGUGGCACAAAAGCUAUUGGAGGCGCCUGUACUUUGGUCAGAGCUAGGUGGGUGGAGCGGCCAGUCCAAGGGUCGCCAAGAUGCUGGCUUUUGCAGCUAGAACUGUGAUUAAGCCUUUGGGCUUUCUCAAACCAGUCUCCUUGAGGAAGGUGCCAGGCAGGUUUCAGGCACAUCAAAACUCCCUUCCUCGACUGCCAGUGCCCUCCUUGCAGCAGACCCUGGAUCACUACCUGCAGAUCCUACAGCCCAUCGUGAGUGAGGAGGAAUGGAAUAACACCAAGCAUCUAGUGGAUGAGUUCCGGAGUUCAGGGGGUGUAGGGGAGCGACUGCAGAAGAGCCUGGAACGAAGAGCCAGGAAGACAGACAACUGGCUAUCCGAGUGGUGGCUGAAGACUGCCUACCUCCAAUACCGACAACCUGUGGUGAUCCACUCUAGCCCAGGCCUGGUGCUCCCCAAACAAGACUUUGUGGAUUCACAGGGUCAGCUUCGGUUUGCUGCCAAACUCAUAGAAGGAGCUUUGGAUUUCAAGGCCAUGAUUGACAAUGAGACUCUGCCAGUGGAAUAUCUCGGAGGAAAACCACUGUGUAUGAACCAGUACUACCAGAUCCUCUCAUCCUGCCGAAUCCCAGGCCCCAAGCAUGACUCGGUUGUUAACUACAGCAGGGCAACUAAGCCCCCUAUACAUAUCACCGUUGUGCACAAUUUCCAGUUUUUUGAGUUGGAAGUAUACCACAGUGAUGGGACACCCUUUACCGCAGACCAGAUCUUCACACAGCUAGAAAAGAUCUGGAACUCAUCCCUGCAGACCAACAAGGAGCCCAUUGGCAUUCUUACCACCAAUCACCGAAACACCUGGGCCAAAGCUUACAAUAACCUCAUCAAAGACAAAACAAACAAGGCUUCAGUCCGUUCAAUACAGAAGAGUAUCUUCACUGUGUGCCUGGAUGCACCUAUGCCCCGGGUCUCAGAGGACAUCUACAAGAGUCGGGUGGCUGGCCAGAUGCUGCAUGGAGGAGGCAGCAAACAAAACAGUGGGAACCGAUGGUUUGAUAAAACCCUUCAGUUUGUAGUGGCAGAGGAUGGCUCCUGUGGACUCGUAUACGAACAUGCUGCUGCAGAGGGCCCCCCCAUCGUGGCACUCCUGGACCACAUUGUGGAAUUCACGAAGAAGCCAGAGCUUGUGAGGUCACCCAUGAUUCCCCUACCCAUGCCCAAGAAGCUGCGCUUCAACAUCACCCCUGAGGUUAAGAGUGACAUCGAGAAGGCCAAGCAGAACCUCAACAUCAUGGUGCAGGACCUGGACCUUACAGUGCUAGUGUUCCAUCACUUUGGGAAGAACUUCCCCAAGUCAGAGAAGAUGAGCCCAGAUGGUUUCAUCCAGAUGGCCCUACAGUUGGCCUAUUACAGAAUCUAUGGCCAAUCCUGUUCCACAUAUGAGAGUGCCUCACUCCGAAUGUUCCACUUGGGCCGCACUGACACCAUCCGUUCCAACUCUGUUGAUUCCCUCAAUUUUGUGAAAGCCAUGGACAGUGCUGACAUGACAGAGCAAAUGAAGGUUGAGCUGCUAAGGAAGGCUGUGAUGUCCCACAGAUCAUACACUGACAGGGCUAUCAAAGGGGAAGCCAUUGACCGACACCUACUGGGCCUAAAGCUUCAGGCCAUUGAGGAACUAGUGAGCAUCCCUGAGAUCUUCAUGGACACAUCCUAUGCCAUUGCAAUGCACUUUAACCUCUCUACCAGCCAGGUCCCUGCCAAAACUGACUGUGUCAUGUGCUUUGGACCAGUGGUCCCUGAUGGUUAUGGUGUCUGCUACAACCCCAUGGCUGAACACAUCAACUUUGUAAUCUCUGCCUUCAACAGCUGUGCUGAGACCAAUGCUGCCCGUCUCGCACAUUACUUGGAGAAGGCCCUGCUGGACCUACGUACCCUGCUGCAGGAACACCCACGGGCCAAGCUAUGAGCUGUCUCUGGCUCAAAAGACUCUGAGAGGACAGGAGUAGAUGGGCAGGGUAUGACUUCCCAGUGGCCUCUGAAUUGUCAGGGCCUCAGGCCUUCCUGGCAAAGCAAAACCAAGUCCCCAGCCUGGCACUACACACCUUCUACACCAGCCAAUUCUGCGUCUGUCCAGGACAUUAGACCUAAUCUCUUCUACCUUUUGACUCCUUCUGAAGCCUCAUUUCCAUAACUCUCCAGGGAUAUAGGCUCACAUCCCACCCCACCCAGCUCUUCCUUAUAUCUUGUAUAGCUCCACAUGGGCCCAGAACAAUAGAGAUCUCUCUCCUCCUGACCCCAGCUCUGGGCCAGCAACAAAUCUAGUCUUUGAUCUUCAUCAUCAUCACCAGCUUCUUUACUGCUAUAGUUGAGAAGAGGUGUUGAGGUAUCUUGGCCACCUCUGGUAUACUGGGACCAGGGCUAGGUUUGGAUUUCAGAAGUCAAGUGCCUUCAAUAACAUCAUUUUCUCUGUUGGCCCCAUCCAUUUUAGGAGUUCUCCACUCUCCCUAAUCCCUAGCCAAUGGUGAAAGAAGCCCCUGGUGCCAUCUCUCAUAGGAAUUCUUGGGCUAUUAGCCCAAGUCUGGGCUGCAUCUAACAGUGGCUAUGAGCCUCACUUCCCUCCAGAUCCUCAGUCUUUGGGGAGAGGGAGCCAGGAACAGUCUUGUGAAGGAUAAUACUAUUGCAGUCUAGUAUAUCUGCACUGUUUACAAGGAAUACCCCUGCCCCCAUGGUGGAUGGAAAAUACAGUCUAUUUAUUCUCAAGCUGGGGCCUUCCUCAUAGUCAGGGGAUAAUGGACUUUGUCUUGGAGAACUAGCCAGGCUUGAGCCUUAUUGGAGCCUCUGGGGAAGGGGGACAAAAGAGAGAGGAGGAAUCAAUCGAGCGCUUUGCUCUCACUCUCUCCCAGGUUUGCAUGAAUUUGAUUGUUCAUGUUAUAGCUCAGACACUAUCUUUGAUAAUGUAGCUAACUCCCUGGGCCCCUUGGCUCUGUCAAUAUGAUUCCUGAUCCAUUGUGAAUGAUUGUAUAAUAAUAAUGUGGAAAUUAAUAAAAGGGAAAUCUGUUGAAAAA